AUGACAACAAACCUGGCGAUUCUCGUCUCCCACACGAUUCAGGAAACCCCCCUAUCAGUAGAAGGUCUCACAGCCCUCGGUGUACUUUACUUCAGUCUACCAGUAGAUUUUACUGACUCAAAAGAAAUGCUCGAGAACAUCGCAGCUACUCGCGGCUAUACAAAUCGCGAUGAACUCGAAGUUUCCCCAGAGACUAUGGGUCCUGCGUUUGAGGCACUUCUUAAAAAAUUCUUCAUGGAGCAUCUUCAUCAAGAUGAAGAGAUUCGUCAUUUUCUCAAAGGUGUUGGUUAUUUCGACGUUCGUAAUGCAAAGGACGAGUGGGUUCGCAUCAAGGCCGAAGCGGGAGAUUUGCUUGUCUUGCCUGCGGGAAUUUAUCAUCGUUUUACGCUUGACGAAGCGAGCUACGGUGGUGUUAUUCGGUUGUUUAAGAAUCAUCCGAAGUGGGAAGCUUUGAAUCGUAGUGCGGAGACAGAUCAAGACGAGUGUCGCAAGAACUACCUCCUGGCAAGAAGCAACGGCAGCUUUCUAGUCUGA